AUGAUGAUAGUCAGGUUCUCUUACACGUUUUUUUUAGUAGUUAUUAUGAUAACCAGUGACAUUGCAACGGUGCAAUCCGCAGCGCCGAAGAUCAAGCGUUGUAGCAGACGAUCAAUAACUUACGAGAAUGAAGAGCUUGUGCGGACGCUAAAGGACAUGGUUUUACCGCGCGAUAGCUUACAACCAGAUGCGCUGAAUAUGGACGCAGAUCCGGCGAAUUUGUUGAGAAAAGGCUACGGUGGACUUUUUCCUCUACCAAUAAUGAUGGAUGACGAGAUAUUAAGGAGUAUCGAUGAACAAAAGGCCUUCGCUUGCUCUCAAUUACAAUGCGCGCCGAGCGACAAUCUCGUGCCGGUCUGUGCAUGCAAUUACAACACGGGGAACGUGGUCACGUUCAAAAGUGAAUGUGACACAAAAAAGCACAAUUGCAGGUUCGACACGGCUUUCCACGUCAUAUUGAAUGAAAUUUGCCCAUGGGAAUUUCAGUCCCGAAGAGACAGCGGCGAACUUGUUAUUAAUUAUGACGACCCGAAAUAUUAUAAU